AUGGUCAACUAUCUGGGCAAUGGACUUGUGACCUAUGGACUAUUUCUGAGCCUUCCUGUGAGAAUGUUGCUGUAUGCGGUCUUCCUUUACCUGGCCAAUGUGGCGGCCAUGUUGCAAUUGAUCCAGGAACUUUUGAUGCUAUCGCUGCAACUGCAACUGGUGGCGAUCAGAUACAUGUACCAUCCCCGGCUCUUUGUGGGUACACCAUUUCGAGAGAACCUUCUGGACACCCUGCAGUUCCUCAUGAACGGAUGGAGCCUGCUGCUGCACAUGCUCGCCCAAUCCUUGAGCUUCCCGUGCGCCGUUCUGGGACGACUCAGCCGGGUUUUCCGCUUCUGCGCCCGUAGUCGCACCUGGGCGACCAUGCUGCAGGCCAACUGA